ACGCCACCAUCCUCACGUUGAGUGUACGCAGGCGUCAACGGAAAUGGCCCGCCGGAAGCGGAAGUCCCGCCUCGCGCGCGCGCAUUCUCACUCCCGGGGCGGCACAAGGCGGAGAGAGCUGGCUGAGCUGAGAGCGCCGCGGCCGCCACCAUGAGCCUCCUCAACAAGCCCAAGAGCGAAAUGACCCCAGAGGAGCUGCAGAAGCGGGAGGAGGAAGAAUUCAACACGGGCCCGCUCUCAGUGCUCACGCAGUCGGUCAAGAACAACACGCAGGUGCUCAUCAACUGCCGGAACAACAAGAAGCUGCUGGGCCGCGUGAAGGCCUUUGAUAGGCACUGCAACAUGGUGCUGGAGAACGUGAAGGAGAUGUGGACCGAGGUCCCCAAGAGCGGCAAGGGCAAGAAGAAGUCCAAGCCCGUGAACAAGGACCGCUACAUCUCCAAGAUGUUCCUGCGCGGGGACUCGGUCAUCGUGGUCCUGCGGAACCCGCUCAUCGCCGGCAAGUAGCGGCCUCCUGCUCAACUCCCACCCCACCAUGUGGAGACCUGCCAUCACUCAUGAGAAGAAUAAAGCCUCGUGUUUUUUA